AUCCCAGAACUCUGAGUCUCACGGCAGGCUCCGGGGUCAGGAGCGUACGGCAACAGUCGGCCACCGAAGGUGCGUGCGACGAUCCCAAGAUGCUCGCGGAAACGACCGUUCCUCCACCCAAGUCGACGGGCGACGAGCGCGGUGAAGUCGACACAGCUGAAUCGUCAACUCAAACACCAGACAUCUUACCCCGGGCGCCAUGGUUAGCAGGACCCGGUCCGAUAGACUGCGUUGUACUGAGACUUGCGGACACGGAGCUCUUCGCUCAUAGCGUAACCUUCUGCAUACAUCAACAUGGAAUACGAACAAGCGACAUUGUUGUGGCUAAAAAGCAAGAUAUCGGACCCCGCGUCGAUACCUUGCGGAGAACCCGCGAGUCCAUCUACGCCGUGACGAUCGACGAAAAAGCCCUGGAAGACAACACCAUAGGAGUUCACUUCUUCCUGCAAAAUGAUAACUCACCGCGGAUCCUUGGACAUAAAGAAGCUGUCCGACAAAUCGCCGAAGAUUUUGCCGAAGUCAAGGACAGUCCGUGGAACCGGCAGAGAAUCAUUAGAUUCUUCUUGGAUCCCAUGCUAGAUGUCAUCGAGCCGACUCUCGAAGAGUUUAAUUACUUCAAAAAUUAUCUGAAGAAAGGACUUAGAGGUUGAAGAAACACCUCGUCUGAGUACUCGCCGUCACGAUUGGCAGCUGUCCACGAUUGACAGCUCACGGCUCCCCUAGGAGCUCACCGGUGACCGGGCUCCUGAACCCACACAUGGUGGUUCGUGUCCAUCCCGGCGGACCCGAUACGCUGAUUGUAAUUUUAUUGCCUUUCUCUGCAUUGGCGGGGACAUUAUACAAUAGUACUUCGAAGAUAUUACUCACCGCACCGAUGAACCCUGCUCCGCAAUAAAUUGUGUUUCCGGAGAUGAUACUUGAAGCUCCUGGUGAGCGCCUUCCGGAGGGACGAUG